AUGGUUCAGGCCCACUACCUGCUAAAUGAUAGGGCCCACUACCUGCUCAAUGAUAGGGCCCACUACCUGCUCAAUGAUAGGGCCCACUACCUGCUCAAUGAUAGGGCCCACUACCUGCUCAAUGAUAGGGCCCACUACCUGCUCAAUGAUAGGGCCCACUACCUGCUCAGUGAUAGGGCCCACUACCUGCUCAAUGAUAGGGCCCACUACCUGCUCAAUGAUAGGGCCCACUACCUGCUUAAUGAUAGGGCCCACUACCUGCUCAGUGAUAGGGCCCACUACCUGCUCUAUGAUAGGGCCCACUACCUGCUCAAUGAUAGGGCCCACUACCUGCUCAGUGAUAGGGCCCACUACCUGCUCUAUGAUAGGGCCCACUACCUGCUCAAUGAUAGGGCCCACUACCUGCUCAAUGAUAGGGCCCACUACCUGCUCAGUGAUAGGGCCCACUACCUGCUCUAUGAUAGGGCCCACUACCUGCUCAAUGAUAGGGCCCACUACCUGCUCAGUGAUAGGGCCCACUACCUGCUCUAUGAUAGGGCCCACUACCUGCUCAAUGAUAGGGCCCACUACCUGCUCAGUGUUAGGGCCCACUACCUGCUCUAUGAUAGGGCCCACUACCUGCUCAAUGAUAGGGCCCACUACCUGCUCAGUGAUAGGGCCCACUACCUGCUCUAUGAUAGGGCCCACUACCUGCUCAGUGAUAGGGCCCACUACCUGCUCAAUCAUAGGGCCCACUAUCUGGUCAAUGAUAGGGCCCACUAA